AUGUCUUAUGACUUCUCUGUUCACGUUCCUGCUAACACUUCUACAUCCACAUGUGGCUCUGGUGUACUUCCUGCGUUGCAUCAACUUACUCAACAGGCUGAUAAUGAGGUAGUCACAAUGGACAAAAUUAGCUCCCUCCUGGAUAUUAAAUUGAAGGACUCGUUGUCUUCUUUCAUGGACAGUUUUCGUUGUGCCAUUCAGGAGGAUGUUAGAAAAUCGGUUCGUUCUGAAGUACAAUCCUUUGCGCAGGAACUAAAGAAUGAUGUUAGCUCAUCGACUGAUUUUCUUUGCUCCGAGCAAGCGACUUUAAAAACUGAGAUAGUUGAGAAGGAGAAAAGAAUACAGGGGCUGGAGUCUGAGUGUGCUAGAUUGCAAGGGGACGUUGAUAAAUUGGACAGCAGGUUGAAAACCUUUAAGAAAUCUUCUCGUAACCUCAAUAUUGAGAUUCUAGCCGUCCCAGAAUCUAAGAAUGAGAAUGUUAUGAUGUUGUUUAAACAACUUUGUGACGUAGUAAGUGUUACUUUGGAUGACAGCAGCAUCCAGGCUUGUCGUCGUGUCGCAAAAAUGGACAGAAAGUCAAACCGUCCCAGAAAUAUUCUGGUUACCCUGACAACGCCGCGUUUAAGGGAUUCACUGCUGUCUGCAGUUCAUAGAUAUAAUAAGGGUCAUCCAAAAGAUUUACUCAAUUCCACCCAUCUUGGAAUUUCUGGCGACUCGCAAAGAGUCUACGUCACAGAACACUUGUCUCCUGAUUGCAAAUUGUUACAUGCUGCUACCAGAAAGUUUGCUAAAGAAAAUGAAUAUAAAUAUGUAUGGGUGAAGUACGGGCGUAUAUAUAUAAGAAAAGACGAUAGUGCUAAUAGUGUUUUAAUUAAGGGUUUGAAUACACUUGAAAAAUUGUAA